AUGAGUUUGUCCUCAUCGCCCUUUUCGUCCGCCGUCGCCCUCGUCCCCGUCUCAGAUCCAGAGUGGCAACCCAUUCUGCACGCAUCUAACCAAGUCGUGCUGUACAACCCCACAUCGCACGCACUGACUAUAAGCCACUCCACCAACGUUACAACGGGCUUUCCCAGUACAUCCACAGCUCCAGUCAAAGCUUCGCGAGACUGUUGUCCGUAUUGUAAACGGGUGUUACCCUCCGCGUUUGACUAUGACCCGUUCGAUGAUUCGGGGGACAGGAUUCAUUCGCAUGAUGAGGAUGAAGAGGAAGAGGGCAUCGAAUCGCUGAGCUCAGAUCCAGCAUAUACCUCUCGCGUGUCGGACUACUUCCAGCUCUUAGAAAUUGCCAACGAAUCCUCCUCAAGGCCGUCCAGUCCACCCGGGCCUACCCUAUUAGGUGCAAGCGCGAGUAGUAGCACCAACAACGCGAGGCAGCAGCAAUCGGGGACGUCAGCGUUCCCAGCGGAAAAGAUGGCGGAGGGGUACUUCAAGACGUUCUUCCAAGAAGAGUAUCGUUUGGGAAUGGGUGCUAAUGGCUCGGUGUACCUAUGUCAGCAUAUGCUGGAUGGGAACCCACUGGGCCACUUUGCGGUGAAGAAGAUCGCAGUUGGCGAAUCUCACUCAUACCUCCUCAAAAUUCUACGCGAGGUUCGGCUUUUGGAGCGGCUACAUCACCCCAACAUCGUUACAUACCACCACGCAUGGUUAGAAACAGCCCAAUUCUCCUCCUUCGGUCCAAAAGUACCCACACUGCACGUGCUAAUGCAAUGGGCAGAAGGCGGCAGCCUCGACGACUUCAUCGACAUUCGACUAGGGCGUAAACCCUCCCACAUCCACUUCCACGCCCCAGGUUCCACCGACGCAGACUACGAACUAGGCACACCGGCCCCUCCACCCCUACGGAGAAGCGGGACUCCAGCGCAUACGCUCUCUGCUUCCGAUCUCCAUUCGAGGUCUGCUAGGAUAAGAGCCUUCCGGGCUUUUCAGCGCGCUGGCGGCGCGGAGGGCGAGAGGCAAAGGGAGAGGGAGACAAGGAAGAGGAACGGAGAGUGGACGGCUGUUCAUUUGCUUAGUGCUGAUGAGGUCAAAGGGCUUUUUAAGGAUGUUGUGGCGGGGUUGGGGUUCUUGCACGACAAGUCGAUAUUACACCUUGAUUUGAAGCCAGGGAACGUGUUGCUUACUUGGGAUGAAGGGAAAUUGAUACCCCGCGCCAUGCUCUCGGACUUUGGAACUUCUCGCGAUAUGAUCAACUCUACAAGGCUACAGCGUUCCGGGAAUACUGGGACGCUGGAAUAUACAUCCCCGGAAUCUCUGCCCUCCCCACACACGGGGCUCUUGCAGCAGAUUGACUCAAAGUCGGAUAUGUGGAGUUUGGGUAUGAUUUUGCAUAAGCUGCUUUUUUUCAAGCUGCCUUAUCGGUAUGCAGCGGAAGGAGACGCAAAUGGAGAGGCCGUCACGGGUGGCUCGAGGGCUGGUGAGGGGGAGAAGAUGGAUAAACUUGAGAGGGAGGUGUUGGAGUACCCUGGAUUCAAAACCGCCCCAGGGCUAGUGGCAGCCUUUGAAGCUCGGCGAUUACCACGCUCAUUCCUCGUGCUUCUUGAGAGUUUGUUGAAUAAAAUCCCGGCGGCUAGACCAUCCUGCGAAAGGGUAGCUGGUGCUAUUCGGGAGGGCAAACUUGACCCCCUCCGAGAAAUCCCCCAGCAUCACAACGGGGCACCAUCCUCUCUCGUCCGCGUACGCUCACGCUCGCGAUCAGGGUCAGCAGACAAAGUGGUCAAUGUCGAUGAAGCGGCGUCAGCAGCAACGGAAAGAGCGCGAUUAUUGGGUUUACCCUCCCCCACUGAGGUGUUAGGACCGGAAGAAGGGGUAUGGGGAGGGUGGUGGCGCAAGGCGCGGGUUGUUGCGAGGCGGAAUUUGGGAAUAACGCGGAGGGGGAGGAGGGGAAAGGUGUAUUUGAGGGUUGUGAGGAGUGUUGUGCUUGUUGCUAAGGUGCUAAGUAUACCUCACAUAUGUUCCUCGUACCCCGUUGGAGAAAUGAGGCCGAGGAUGGGAGUCGUUGCGCUGCUACUGGGGGCAGCUGUGGCGGAUACGGUGGUGGAGUACGAGCCUUGGCAUCGAGGGGUUGCGAUUUCUUUGGGGCUGGCUUUGGCGCAUGUGUGUGUCGUUGUCCUGGGGAAGGGGGCGAGGUGGUGUUGUACGGUUUGA